AUGCCCACAUCUGCCAGCACAUCGACGACAGCCCACCACCCUGCGUCACCUCCACUUUCCUCGUCCAACAGCUUCUCGUCGCCGCACGGGCAAGCUCCGUCGGGCAGCGCGGACGUCGCGCGCAGCGCCGCCAUCGUCGGGCAGAAUCUCAUACGUCGCACCUCUCCUCGCAAAGACACCUCAGGCUACGCGCGCAUUCCUACGCCGCCCGAUUCGUCGUCGCCCAGCAGCCCCCAGCAGACCAGGAAUGGCUGCGUAGCGCAACCCAUGGCCGCUAAUAACAAUGAGACGAUCAGCGCGGCAUUCACCAGCGCUCCCGCUCCUUCUUCUUCUUCAUCAACCUCUGGCUUGCCCUCCUCUCUGCCAGGUUUCCCGACUUCCUAUGUCUUGCCCGUUCCACCAUUACCACCGACGGGGCCCCAGCAACGCCCACAGCGCACGAUCCUGAUCCGCGACCUCAACCACAUCCAAAGCCUGACGCAGGCGGACGGCGCUUUGGGUGACGGCGCUGGCCUGGGCGGUCCCCUCGGUGCGGGCUUGGGAGGCGGCAGCUUAGGCCUGGGCGGCACAGCGCCACUGCAGGAUGUCAAGUUUGAGAUUAGCGCCAUGCCCAUCGGCGAUGUCAUCGAGAUGGUUGCCGCGCUUCUCACCAAAAUUACUACGACCAAUGAUCACCAACACGAUGCGCUGCACCGCAAUGCCGCACAGCAGCGUCAGGCCCAGGUCCAUAACGAUGGCGGAGCAGACGGCACCAGCAACGGGCACAGCAGUGGUGGCCAUAGUGCCAGUCCCUUUUCGGCCUCGGUGCUGGCUUUCCACGGCAAGAACGUCCCGGCCAUCACCAUUUUGAGCUACUUGUCACGCAUCCACAAAUACUGCCCGACGACAUACGAGGUGUUCCUUAGCCUUCUGGUGUACUUUGAUCGCAUGACGGAGCGGGUCAACGCUUUGGUCAUGAAGCAGCAGCAGCAGCAGGAGAAGCAGCGCGACCUGCAGAAGGAGAGGACGGAACGUAAUGACCGCGUUGCAGGCGACAAGGAUGUCGCUAUGCACGAUGCUGAUGCCGGCUCGAGCGAUGUUGAUGAGACAGACGAAGGGCUGGCGGAUAGCAGCGAUAGCAGCAGCAGCAGCGAAGAUGAAGACGAUGAAGGUGGUGUUCCACGACGUGAUACUGCUGCAGCAACAGCCGCAGCUGCGGCAACUGCUUCUUCGAAAACGACUCCUGCGCCCUCCGCACCGCUUGAUGUCGCAGGGUCUCUCUCGGCUGCUACCUACUUUGUCGUUGACAGCUUCAACAUCCACCGCCUCAUAAUUGCCGGCGUCACGUGUGCGAGCAAGUUCUUCUCAGACGUUUUUUACACCAAUGCUCGGUAUGCGAAAGUCGGCGGCCUGCCGCUGGCCGAGCUGAACCACCUGGAACUGCAGUUCCUGAUCCUCAACGAUUUCCGCCUUGCGAUCCCCAUCGAGGACCUAGAGGCAUAUGCUACCAUGCUUGUCGAGUUUUACGCCCGCGAGGUCGUGGGCACCCGGCCCCGGUCGUCUAGUGCAACAGCCGGUGGUGUUCCGACAACACAGCCUGUCGGAGGAGCAGCGAUGGCUGCUGCGCCCUAG